AUGGAUGGUAUCGAAAGAGGGUUUAGGUAUGAUGAAAGUGGAUUUAGAUAUGCUAGGCAAGAACUGUACUCAGAUUCCGAUUCAUUGCAGGAGAAAAUGGUAGAAAUAGCCGAUUCGGAGAUAAGUCUAGUGGAGUGGCAGAACAGAACAGAUACUACCGAAAAUGAAGCUGAGGAGGAGGAGAACCAGCCAUUGCCACCCGUGAAGAUGUUCUUUGAUUCCAGUCAAUAUCAUAAUGCUAUAAAGUUGGGAACAAGAUGUUACAUCCACAAAGCUGUUGCAGAAUUAGAGUCACUAGAUCUUGAACCAGAUGAGGUGAGAUGGUUUAGAGAACAUCCACAGUUCCAGCAUUUUUGGCACACACAUAGGGCCAUGUCUGAGGAGAAAACACACAAGAUGAUGGGAAUGUGGAUGCCUCUUCUUCAGACAACAAAAACAAACAAGAAGAGGGAAGCUUGGUUUGUAGUGAAUGGGGUUCUUAUUCGCUAUUCCCUUACAGAGAAUGCCUUUUUGUCUGGACUAAACUGUCUACCUUACCCUGAAGACUAUGAGAGCAUAGGAAGUAGUUCAUUUAAGGACACCUAUUUUGAGAAUACUGUCCCCUCCCUUGCUGCUGUUGAAAAACAACUAGAGUCAAUGCGAUAUCGAGAUCAUCCUGAUCGGUUGAAGAUCUGUGUCGCCUACUUCUUAUCCUGCAUAAUUAGUGGGAAGACAAAAACUGGAAAGGGAGCACCAUCUGUUGACCCCUUAUUCCUGAGAAUGGUUGAUGAUCUUGAUGCUUGUAGAACAUUUCCUUGGGGUAGGUAUUCUUUUGAUGUGAACAUGAAGGAGUUUGAGCAUACAAUGAGGCAUUUCAAAGGGGUCAUCGAAACAGAUGCAUGGACAUUUCCAAGCUUUGUUACUCCAUUGGAGUUGCUAGCAUUUGAAGCCAUCCCAUGUCUGAAGAACAAGUACAUGGAAGAUGUAAGAGGAGCUGAUAGGUCUUGUCCCCGGAUGUGCAGGCAGAAGUUCCAAUCAUUCAUCCUUUCAGGUUUCCCUCUCUUGGAUAUCUAUGAAACACUGGGUAACACCAGAGAGAUCAAGAGUAUAUUGCAACCAUCCGAGGAUGAGGAUAUAAUGCUUGCUAGAAUCAUAGAGAGGAGGAUUGUAGAGGAAGAUGUCGAUGAUAUAGUUCUUGAAAAUUGGACAAGGCGUUUGGAGUGGGUACUCCAUGAUGAUGCAGUGGCUAAGAAAAAUGUGGCUACGGAGAAGGCGGUGCCUGUCGAUGUGGUGGAACAACUGAAGAGCUUGCAGAAGAGUAUAGACGCUCACGAGGAAGCAGAAGCAGCAGAAGAGCUGAAGCAGCCAAAGCAGAAGACAGAUCAAAAGGAGCCAGAGCAGAAAGAGCCGAAGCCGAAGGAGCCGGAGCAGAAGGAGCCGAAGCAGAAGAAAGAGCAUAAGGAGCCGGAGCAGAAGGAGGCAGAGCCGAAGGAGGUGGAUCUGAAGGAGGCAGAGGAUGCGGACCCGGGAGAAGCAGACGUUGCUGACGCUGUGAAUGAGGAAGUGGGUGAGAAAGGAGAGAAUCUCGAGAAAGGAAUGGGUUUAGGUAAACGGAGACAAGAGCAAUCAAAGGCAGGGCCAAGCACAAGGCAGAGACGUUAG